AUGAGUCGCUUUUGCAGGAGGGCUGUAACCGCCACAAACGCUUAUUGUGCGCCAAUCUUCAAAGCUUCUCCUAUCAGAACGAAAGGAGACAAGGGCGAUCGCGGCGAUCGCGGUAUGCCAGGACCGCCGGGACCGCCUGGUGCACCAGGACCAGCACAGCAAGUGUCUUACGGAGGUGAUGCAUCGAUUGUACGAGUUUAUCCGAGCACUCACGAGCUGUUCUCGUCCCGUGUACUCAUUGGCACGUUGGCUUUUGCCACUGCUACUCAACAGCUUUACAUUAAAGUGAACAACGGCUGGAAGGAGGUUAUGCUGGGAUCCUUCCAUCCAAUUCUGGAACAACGUCAAUCAGUGCCGAUAGUUUCUGAGCCGGACUUGCAAUCAAACCAUUUGGAAUACUGGGUGAGAGCUGAUGUUGUGUAUGUCAAUAUCAAUCAAUAUCUGGUUGUUCUUAGCGAGAUCGAGAGACGAUGUCUCGACAUCGACCCUGCGUACGCCGAUCGAUUACGUGGGAUACGGUACCCGGUAAGUGAUGAAUUUGUCACACUGUCACUUCGUCUCAUUAAGGAAACGGCUCGACCGGAUACACGGACAGCGCCGCCGUCGGUUCGCCGCGAGCUCCCUGGACCGGCUCCACCUCCACCUCCGCCACCGUAUCCCAUGGAUCAACAACUUCCACCACCUGCUCCUGCAUAUCCACAAGAUACUCCAGUACCACCACCACGCUUCCAACCAAGGCCACCGCCGGAUUACCUCUCAGUCAUGCAUCGUGACAGAACGAUCCACCUGAUUGCGUUGAAUGAACCAUUCGACGGGAACAUGCACGGAAUGCGUGGCGCAGAUCUUCAGUGCUAUCGCCAAUCGCGAAUGGCCGGCUUCACAACGACCUUCAGGGCAAUGCUGUCCAGUGAUGUUCAGGUAAAGGCGAAAGCUCAAAAAUUGUCACUCUUCUUGUUUCAUGCUCCGCAUUGUGCCAUUACCGCCGACUGGGACACACCUGUGGUGAAUAUCCGCGGUGAGCAUCUAUUCGCCAGUUGGCGUGCAGUGCUGAAUGAUGGACAGCGCAGUGUGCGACCGCUGUACUCAUUCAGCAGACACGACGUCCUUACAGAACGUCAUUGGCCGGACAAACGCAUCUGGCACGGUUCGUCAAGCGGCGGCAUCCGCGCCGGUGAUUACUGUGACGGAUGGAGGACGAAUAAUCCGUCUUUGUCUGCGAUGGCUGGCGAUUUACGAGUUCCUGGUGGUUUGAUCUCGGCAGCGCAGCCCGCGAGCUGCGAUCAAAAACUUAUCGUUCUCUGUAUCGAGGUUUGUGUCUGA